GUCUAGGUGGGCUAUGAUAAGAGGUUAAGGUUCAAUGGGUGCACAAGAGUUGAUCUCCCUGCCAAACAUCUCUGAAAACAAGUUGCUUCCUCCACCUACCCUCUCUCUGAAUCUGUCUGCCUCUGUCUCCUUCCCCGACAUACACACACACUCUCACUUUCUCUCUGUCUGUCCGUCUCUCUCCGCUUCCUUCUCUGUCUGUCUCUCUCUCUCUCUCCAACCUAUCACGGGAAAGGAAAAAAAAAAAAAACAUACUUCCACGCAAACUACAACACUUGUAGUCAGUCGAUCGUGUGUGCGUGCGCUUGCUCUCUGGUGGUUCGGUCAUCAUGAGUUCGCACGCCGAUGCCAGCAAGGGCACUGACCAGGUGGACGACGCGGACUGCGUCAAUUCCAUGAUGGCCAACUGUCCGAACUUCCGACGAUUGUGUCCGGGGGUUCGAAUCUACCGCUCGUCCAGACCAGAUUUACUAACAGACGAAGAGGCUGGGUUUUUUCGCGACCAACUGAACAUAAGAACCAUCAUUGACUUAAGAUCUGUGUCUGAGUACAAAAAAGCCACAGGAGACAAGUUAGUAGCCAACCAUUAUAAUCUGUAUAAGGUAAGCCCAGCUUCUUUAAUAUAUUCACUGCUUGAUAAAGUUGUUGAAUUUGUUAAUUCAUUUGUUGAAAUUGACCCUAUAGACCUAGAUUUUAGCAGGCAUACGCGGAAAACACUAUUGUGCAUAGAGGGCGAACCACUGGAGCAACGGAGAAUAUCGAGAUGUUCUUCGUUUUCCAAUCCAGAUGGCACUCCCACUUCCAGAUCAACUCCAUCGACAACGCCAGCAACAGCACCACCAUCACCGUCCCCAACAGCACGGCAACCCUCUUCAUCGUCACAGCAGGAAUCCUCAACCACUGACCACCCCGACGGCAAGCUCUCCACUACUGAUGCCGACAGCUCCGCUAAGACAGGCAUUAACACAGAGAGCGGACAGGAGAUGGGGGAGCGUCGGCACUACUUGUUCGACAUCUUCAAGUCGUACCCACGGCUGAUGUUCUCCAGGGCACCCUGGUACAUACAACUGUACAGCAUGUUUGUACUCCUCUUUGAUCUUAUCUGGAGGACCGGGUACAAAAACUUUGUGCGUCUUUACGUGAGGCACGUUCUAAACCCACAGGGGAUACUCGGACAGUACAAAGACAUGAUCGAGAUUGGCAGCACACAGAUCUGUGCUGCGCUCAAAUUGUUGUCAUCUCCUGAUAAUGUACCAGCCUUGUUAAACUGCACCUUCGGCAAGGAUCGAACUGGUGUCCUCUGUGCUUUGAUUUUAGCCUGUCUCGGAAAAGAUAAAGCCUACAUUUCGAAGAACUAUGCACAAUCAGCUGCAUUGUUAGAAAAUGUGAAAGAAGUACUCCAAGACGAGAUGACCAAAAAAUACGAACUCAAUGAGACAUUUAUCACCGCAAAGGAGCAAACUAUGAUGGAUCUUUUGGAUCAUAUUGAAGAGAAGUACGGAUCAGUAACUGAAUACAUGGAACAUAUUGGAUUCAGCCGAGAAGAACAGAAAAUGUUGUGUGAAAAUAUCUGUAGAUAAUGGUCUCAUAACAAUGAUGGUGAUGGAUUGGUGGCAGUGGUGGUGAGGACCACAGCAAAUGAUCACAACGAAAUCAAUGAUGUUGAGAAAUUUAUUCUUGUAUAUAUAAAUAUAUAUAUACAUACACAAACAUAUACAUGCAAACACACACAUACAAAUACACACACACACACACACAUAUAUAUAUAUAUAAACGGAUCUUUUUUAAAACGGGGGCCACAUUUUUCAUUAA